AGCGCGUGGACCUGUGGCCUUGCCGUCCAUUUCACUCGCUUGAGAUCCUCACGGAUAUACUGUUCGAUGUGGCGUUUCUUUCCUCCGAGGUUUUAGAGUCUGGUGGACGAUAUCUGCGUUGGCGAGCCGAGAAAAGCCGACGCGAAGAAGUUCGUUCGCGGUGCACUUGCCAGGUGGUGGCAGAAGCAUUAGCUACUCCAAAAACGCCGAUUUUCCUCGUUCUUCUAUAAUAUAAAGAAAGAAAAAAUGCACUGACGUGACGAGACCUUUUCUAAUAUUUGGUUCUUGUUAGUGACGACAUUUGGAUUAAUAGAGCGGUCUCGAGAAGACUAAUUCAUCAUUUCUAUGGAAAAUAAAUGAUGGUGUGAGGAGUAUUUAUUCGCGUGACCAUAGACCAAGAAAAAAGGCGAAUUAGAGUGAGCAAAUAAAAAAUCACUUUUACAGUUUUUUACAUAAUUAUGAUCUUUGACUGACAUAACUGAUUUUUUAACAUUAUUUAAUUGAACUUCAGGGCAUAAUCCUCUUCCGUAUAGAUUUGAAUAAAUUAUAACGUAGCAUGGUUUUUUGUCCAUUCACCUAAAUUCCCUAUAAGCUUAUGACUGUGAAGAAACGAAAGAGUGCAUACAUAGGAAAACUUUAUUUAUUUUUCUUUUUAAAUAAGUGAAAUAUGGUUGAAAUCUAUUUCACCAUACAUCAAGACUGAGAAAGUUACCAGGACGCUUUAAUUAUUGAUAGUGAAUUACCUCAGCAAACUUCAACCUUACGAGAGUGUGAGAAAGUAAAUACUGAGCGAAAAGAAGUUUUAUAACAAAUAUAAAAGAAAGUGUCCGAAGAGGAACCGAGAGAGUAAAAAAAAAGAAAAGAGAGAGAGAUAGAGAGAGAGAGAGAGGGAGAAAAGAAACAAACGCUUCCAGUCAUGUCGAAGGUCCAGCGUCAAUUAUCUCCAAGCGGGGAGCCUUCGUCAGGAUUCUCCAAGACCUUCCAGAACCGACUCAUUCUGCCCCUAGGGAAUUUUCAAGACCGCUUGGUCUUACCGCAAAGGUCUCGAGAAGUAACUUUCACAGUGCCCCCAACGGUGUCGCCAUUGUCCCCACGUAGGGGCCUGGGCGAGUGUUCGCCCCUGUCGCCCCGUCGGUUCGGAUCUGAGGACACGACUCCCGUGGGAAGUCAGGCCGGCAGUGAGUAUGGCGGGGACUCUCGCACCACCACUCCCUCCCCGGGACCCUUCAGGGGUUCCUUCACGGAUAUACCCAACAUUUCUGAAAUGACAGCUGUGGAGGCGACUCUCUGGAAACACAAAUACUUCAGAGCCGCAAGUGCCCUUGGAACGAUCAACCCAGAGCUCUACAAAACAGAUGAACUGGAGGGGGACCUGGAUCAGUAUCCGGAGGACCACAUAGGGCGGGUCUGGCUUCAGCUGGAGUACCUGAGUGAGUCCGAGAAGCUUCUGGUCACUCUCAUCAAAGCCAAGAACCUCCCGAGUAGACUCAUUGGAUCCAUUAACUCGUGUGAUCCUUAUGUCAGGUUAUACUUGAUGCCAGAUGAGCGACGAUACCUACAAACGAAGAUUAGGAAAAAAACCUGCAAUCCUAGAUUCGAUGAGACGUUCGGCUUCCAGAUCACGGCCAAAGAGCUGGAAGAAAGGGCCUUGAAGCUGACCUUUUUCGACGUUGAUCGAGACAAGAAACACCAAUUGAUUGGACACGUCCUUUUUAUGCUGAAGGAUCUGGCUCCAUGGGAGGGCAAGAGAAUGCUGCGACGGGACUUGGAGAGAGAGGUCAGCUUAAGCCCACGUGACCUGGGUCAACUAGAGGUCUCGCUAUGCUACAACAACAAUCUGGAGAGGCUAACUGUCACGGUGGGCUCAGCUAAGCAGUUGAAAGUGGACGAGGACAUCAGGCAAGAUAAAAAUGAGUUCCAGGCUCGGGUGGCGCUCAUGCAACAGACGAAGAUGAACAAAACCAAGAAAACAGCCGUGGUUAAGGGCACUGAUUCCCCAAGCUUCAAUGAGAGCUUCAACUUCAAGGUGGCUCCAGAUGCUUUGGACACAACUGCUGUUUGCAUCCAUAUCACAGCUGGGAAGAAAUCAGAUAACGUCGUCGGCCGGGUGCAGCUGGGCUCGUUCAUGUUCUCGCGGGGCAAAGCUCUGGAACACUGGGAGUCGAUGCUGGCCAGAAAGCGCGAGCACGUCAAGCAGUGGCACGCGCUCUCCUAAAUCUCCCCACGAUGGAUAAUCAAUCACCCAAUACGGACAUUAGAUCUCUCUCUCUCUCUCUCUCUCUCUCUCUCUCUCUCUCUCUCUCUCUCUCUCUCUCUCUCUCUCUCUCACCAACUGUCAACAAUGGACGGAUAUCACUUUUAAAUUAUGUUUAGGAUCUUUCCAAGAUAGUAACCCCUAAGAGUUUUUGGGGGUCGUUUUCUAUGACUCAUAUUUCUAGGGGGUCGUUUUCUAUGACUCAUAUUUCUAGGGGGUCAUUAUCUUUAUGAUAUUUGCAGCCUUUUGUUAAUGUUUUUACGGUCAUCCCCAACGGGUUUGUACUAUACACGUCGCAAAGGUUAAAACCCCAUUUGGGUCACUAUCUAGGAAAGAUUCAUAAAUGAUACUUUUUGAACAUAAAAAAACACAUUUUCCCCUAAUAUAAAAAAUUGAACAUAGUUUCCUCGUCCUUCAUCUUCCUUUGUCAGACAAGAAAGUUGGUCUUCACUUAAGACUAACAGCUUUGCUUCUCAAACCCUUGUUAUUGUCAGUACCUGGGAGAGAAGAUGCGUGAAAAUUACUCACAGUGUAGAUCAUAGUGUAGAGGUCUUUUAAAUUCAUUUCUCCUUACGACAUCUCCUCGCGAUGGCUUAAUUUCUUGGUAUUUUAGCAUCAGUAACAUAUCUGAACGAUAAAAAAAAGUUCAAUCAGGUUAUUUUUCAACGCCUGGUUAUUCCUCGUUCACCCGAUUUUCUUUACUUUUCCUAACUUUCCUAAGUUCGUACAUAGACUUACGAUAAGAAAUUCAGCUGAAAAAACAAAUUGUUAACUACCUUAGCAAUGAUUUGGGAGCGUGAAUUUGACAAUAAUACUCAUGUUUGUCACAGCACCAGGCAGUAAAUGCCGAGUUGAUGUGUAGCUGAAAAUUCAGCAUUGUCUAUUUUUUUGUCCAAAACAAACGAUCAGUUUCCAGCGCCCUCACAGAGAAAGGGCUGCUUUGAUAACUGCUUCUUUCGAGAAUUUAUAUCUUCUUCAAUUCGACAACUGAAGCCGUCUCUCAGAAAAAUAUUUUAGACUUUCGUGGGUUGGUUUAGAUUAUCAUAAUUAUAAUCAUUAUUACUAUAAUUACUUCAGCAGACGAGACCUAUUCACAAGGAACAAGCACACCAAAGGGGCCAUUGACUUGAAAUCCAAGCUCCCAGAGAACGUUCGUUUCAACUUCCCACCGCAGACCCCACACUGCAGCAGUAACUGUUCAUGAUAAAGUGCCAGUGAUUUGUCAUCGCUCUGGUGGAGAUCAAGCCAGUUUUGAGUCAGCACAGGAUCUUGGCCAUGUUUAGGUCUCAAAGGGAAUAAGAGGCCUAGUGGGGAGUUAUGGACUCGGCCUUGCCGACGGAGACGAUUUUACGUACGAAUUUCUGAAAGGUUUGGAGCUACCGUACAUUUUCUUGGAUGUAGAGACUUAACAUAUAUAGUAAUUAUCAAUGUUUUUAAUAAUUGAUAUUUAUUUCGUCACCAAUUAUUCAGUUUCUCUUCCUUCAAUAUAAUUCUUAGAAAUAGCGUAGGUCUUAUUUAGCCAUUGGUAAUACAAAUAAGCCAUUUUAAUUUUUCUUGCUCCCUCACAAAUAGCAAUUAAGUAUGUUCAAAACAAUAGGUGCAAAUUCAGUAUGAAUUAUAAUGGUCACUGGAGACACUACUCUGAUUUCCGAAAAUUUCUGUUUUAUUUCUUUUUAUCUGGAAGAAAUCUGUGUAUUCUUUCAUCAUCUAUAAAAAAAAGAUGCCUUUUGUGUCUCCCAAAUCGGAUCUUUCCUAGAAAGUGACCCCAGAAAAGGUUAUAGGGGUCGUUUUUCUACGGUCAUCCCCAAAAAGCCUAUAGUACUAAACACGUCACAAACGUGGAUACAUAUCGGGUUAAAACCUGUGAGAGUCGCUAUCAUUGGCGCCUGCACAUAGGGGCAAGAGGAAACGCUUGGGCACCGGAAAA